UGAUAUUAUGAACAGCAGUUCUCUUUACAGCCCACAGUCUGAGCUGAAAACAAACCAUGCUUAUUUACACUGUAUUUGGACCUUUGCUGUCACUAACUCUUCACAACACUGCUUGUUCAUCCCCAAAUGGCUCAAUAUUUGACCCCAGAACCUUCUCUGGUCAGUUUGUGUCUGUCCACGAUGACCCUGUGGACUACCUGGACCUGUCUGAGUUCAACACUGAAGAGUCCGGCUCUGGUUUGGGCCUAGAGCAGCACCCAGUGAAAAAACAAGUCCACCAUCCCCAAAAAAAGGGGCACUACAUAGUCUCAGAGCAGGCCAAAGAAUUCCUCCAGGGUCGUCUGGCAACCCUGUUUGUCCCCACUUUUUACAUUUUGGUCUUUUUUGUCAGUGUCCCCCUCAACCUUGUCGCCGUAGUGAUGUUUGUGCGUUACAUCCGACCCAGGAAACCAGCCGUGAUCUACAUGCUCAACUUAUCCUGUGCUGACUUGUUCUAUGGCCUGCUUCUUCCCUUUAAGGUCUCCUAUCAUUACCAUGGCAACAACUGGAUCUAUGGUGAUUGGAUUUGCCGUAUGGUGACGGCAGCUUUCUAUUGCAACAUGUACUGCUCUGUUUUGCUCAUCUCUUGCAUUGGCAUCGACCGUUUCUUAGCUGUUGUGUAUCCUAUAAACUCACUAACAUGGAGAACUCCCAGAACUGCCAUCUCUGUCUGCAUUUCAAUAUGGCUGCUUGCAUUGGUGGGAGUGGCACCUCUGUUGUUCUCUACACAAACUGUCCACUUACCACAAAUGGACAUCACGACUUGCCAUGACGUUCAAGAUACACAAAAGCUCCAAUCUUACUAUCUUUAUUUCUUCCCUAUUUAUGCCACCAUCUUUUUUUUCAUUCCCUUGGUGCUCACUGUGGUCUGCUAUGUGCGGAUAGUCCAAGCCCUCACAGCAGCUAAUGUGGAGAUCAAGUCCAAGAAGACACGGGCAGUCGUCAUGACGAUCCUGGUGCUAGUAAUGUUUGUAGUAUGUUUCACCCCAACUAAUAUUAUCUUGAUGGUCCACUAUGUGCAGCUGUCCCACAUUUCUUCUGACUCUACCUACCAAGCCUAUCUACUGUCUUUGUGCAUAGGGAGUCUUAGCUGCUGCCUGGACCCCCUUCUUUACUAUUUUGGAUCAUCCCAAUGUCAAAGGCAAGUCUUAUUCAUGUUCAGGAGGAGGAGAUUUUCAGUACUGAGUAGCUACAAAACACAAAGUACAAGAAGUAGUGGAUACAACAGUAGCAUCCACAAAGUGGAAACACUGGGAAGCCAAUACACUUGAGCCUGUUUUCCGCUGGCAUGGUUUGUCCCUCCAGCCGAGUUUCCUUUUCAUCCCCCGAGCAGGACUCCGGGUCAAGGUUUUCCCUCACAAUUACUCAUAAGUUAUCUAUUAAUAUUUCAUGCAUGUUAAACAAUGUAAAAUAUUGAUCUAUGUAUUUGAUACCAUAAGCAGUUGCAUGUACAGCAUCUGUAUACUGUCAGCACAAUCACUGAGGCUGGAUCCAGGUGCAUCAAUUCAUUACAUAAGAAAGAAAAAAGACUGUCCAAGUUUUACUUGUAUUUUUUUAUUGCUUUACUUUUUCUCAUACAUUUCAUUUUAAUUUUGUCAAUUGCAAAAGAACAUAAAAUCAAUGAAACAAUAAUGAUCACAGUGUUUGUGGUUAGUUGAA